GACGUCACUAGAUUGUGCGCUAAUUCCAGCCGGCGACUCAGUUUUGUUUUUUGUAGUGUUUGCAGUUAUUAUUUUAUUACUGUCUUAUUUAUUUAUUUAUUUAUUAUUUGAGGCGAAGAUCAUUUUUCAACCAAUCAGAAAUCAAUGUUUCUUAUGACCGGCACGGCCUAACAUGGCUGCCUCCACUGGAUAACGAUCACCAACCCCAGAAUCUCAGAAUUAAUCAUGAGUCGUAAAAGAACAUUGAUGCCUGAUAUCUAUAAAGCGAAGAAACGGCAGUGUUUGGCUGUUGGAACUGCUGCUGCUACUGUUGCUGCCUCUGCCACUCCCACUCCCAAUUCUCUUGACAGUGAAGAAGCAGAGAACAAGAAUGAUUUGGCAGACAUUCCUUCAGACACCAAAGCUUCACUUUUGUAUCUGAAGUCCCUGUUCCCUCUUGAAAAAUUUGAAAGCCGUUUACCUCCUGUAAUACUAAAACAUCAAGUCUACAGUAUUGUCAAGAAUCGUACUUUAGUUGACAAACAGUUGGCAGAUCUAAAGUCAAAUGGUGAGAUUAAACUCUUCAAGUUUGGAACAGACACCAAUGACUUCAGUAUUUUAUUCACAGAAGACUACCGAAAUCACAUCAGUCGGCUGACAGAGGAUAACUGCAUCAGUAAAGUCAUUAUAGACAAAUUCCUGAAUACAGUUGUGCGAAACUGGACUGAUGUCAGUGUCAACAAAGAAGUUAUGAUUGACAAAUUCCAUUUCAAGGAUGAAGAAAUUACGCAUCUAGUAAAGGCAUCUGUAUUAACUGUACGAGAUUCAGGUACCUGGUGGCUUUCUAUCCCUAAUGCUGGUAUUUUUAUGAAAAAUUUAAUUCGAGGCCGGAAAGCUGCCAUUACAAUUAUUAAGAAAACAAAAUACAAAGAAAUUUUCAAAGAUGAUCUGGAACAACGGAAGUGGCCUCGUCUAGCUAGGUUGGGUAUAGUCUACCAUAUUCAUGAUAUUAUUGGUGCUGACUUGGUUGACUGCAUCCAAACCACAAACGGAAUCUUGUUGCGACUGCGUGAAUGAUGCAACUGCAUAUGUUGCAAGCAUCUGCUUGUGGGUCAAAGAUUAAUGAUCUUAUUCCUCCAUCUGGAUUAGAUCGACAACCACCACCACCACCGCUGCCACCACCACAACUAUUAACUACUUUAACUUCUACUUCAGUUUGAAAACAAGCACUUGGAGAAUCUCAGAUACAAAGCAGCGGUAUAUUGGAUUUGAGCCAAGAGACUAUCAGUGUGGGCCACCCUACUUUGCCUCUGUUUACAGUACUUUCUUUCUUAAACUCCCACCAGCACCACCAAUUGUUGUCUCAGUCUGGGUUAUACUGCCUUCCUUCCCCCACCCAUUCUCUGUUUGGCUCUGACUAUCAACGUCUUUCAGCCAUAUUCUGGCAAAAACACACGGAAACUGUUUUACUCCAUAAAUUCUAACUGUAUUUGAAGAAGACCCGCAAAGAAAUUAACAGGCAUUAUUUCCAAGAAAACAGCACAAGUAAAUCUGACAGCUCAGUCUUCAGUGAUACAACUAUACACUCUCUCUCUACUCCUCUCUGUCUUGUGUGUAGCUAAGUAUGUAUUUUUUCUGGCCCUCAAUCUGCAAGGUCAUAUCUAAUUAUUUGUUGAACUUCAACAGGAGGGCUAUUCUUCCCACUUUAUACCUUAAAGUAUCCAUUAGUAUUAACAUUAUGUUUGUGCAGAACAACUGUUUCACAAGCUCAACCUAGUUUUGUUGUGUGUUAGUUUAUUUGUCUCUACAACUUCUCCACCCAACCUCUUCUUUUCCUUAUUGUCUUACCUUUCAUAUCUCAUUACUUCAACCAGUUACCCCUUUGUUCUUCCUUUUCUCCUACCUCUCUUGUUGUCUUCCUCCGAGCUUCCUCAAUUCUUCUUUUCUUUCCUUCUUUUUCUUCCUAAUUUUCUCAAUCUCUUCAUCCCCUCCUCCUAUAUGCAUGUGUGAAGCAGAGGAGAAAGUAAACUCUACCACUAUAUAUAAUGACUCAUUUCAAAGAAGACAAUCAAUCUCUAAUGAAGAAACCAACAUCACACAACAUAGAAAUGACAACCCAAACAAAUCAGUAGAACAGUGUCUAUAGAAUACCAUAAAAUCUCAGAUGUCAAUGCCUAGUGAAACUCUAAACCCUAUUUCUUUUCUCCUUUUUCCUUUAUUUUUUUUUAUUGCAAAAAAUAAUUAUAAGGAAUUCAAAAAGAAAAUUAGAAAAAUAUAAAGGAGAUAAUUUUUUUUUCU